AUGGCAGGAUUUUGCUCAGGCUCCACCCAGGAAAAAGGCCAGGGAGGAGGUGAAACAGGAGCACAUGAAAUCAUCGAGCAAGUCCUCCAGUCAGGAGUCCGACUCACCAUCCACACAGAGCCCGAAGAGCAGGUACAAAGACCAUUAGAUGUGAAGCUGCUUGAACGGGAUCUAGAAGCAGCCAUUACAUUGUCCUUGCUCAAUAAUGCAGAUGGGAUAAAAGAACAGUCAGACAACAGUAAAGACCUGGAUGAUAUCACAUCAGAGAGGGAGUCAGCGGUCCUAUCGAGACAGAGAAAGUCUGCCGCUGAGGCGCAGAAGAAAACGCUUGCCGAUGAAGAUGACGAUGAAGAAUAUAAACCCAAACUGACACCAGAUUCAGAGAGUGAUGAAGACUUCAGUGAACCAGCUGAGAGCGACGAGGAGGAAUUCACAGUGAAGAAAAUCAGCAAAUCAAAAAAGCAGAAAGCUACCAAGCACGAGAAGACCAAACCACCUUCUGCCUCUAAAAAAGAAAAGCAACCAUCAAAUCCACCAAAGUCUAAAUCACCGGCAGCGGCAGUUUCCACACCAGUGAGUAGUCCUCCAACAGCUCAAGCUGCACCCAAAAGACCUCCUUCAUCGUCCACAGUUUUCACAGCGAAACCUGCGUUGCCUCUGAGCCCAGCAGGGGGCAAAAUACCCAAGUGGACCCCACCAGCUUCUACAUCUGAACAUUUCAUUUGUGUGUUUCAGACGUAUGAGCUUGAUGGAAGCAUUCAUGAUAAGGUGUGGGCUCUGAAAACAUUUCAAGAGGUUACAAGGACAUUUCAAGAGGAUCAUCCGGACUUUCUUGGGGCUCGUAUCAUCUUUUCUGUGCACAGGGCUCUGAGUGUAUCUGAGGUGAAAGCAGCUGUGAAAGAAGCCAUUCAGCUGCAGAAGGACUUCCCAGAUGUUGUUGCAGGAUUUGACAUGGUUGGCAGGGAGGACAGUGGGAGGACUCUGUGGUACUUCAGGGACGCUCUUUCUCUGCCAGCUGAGAUGGGUGUCACGCUGCCGUACUUCUUUCACGCGGGCGAAACAGAUGAGGAAGGCACUGACGUAGAUCAAAACCUAAUGGACGCCCUUCUGUUCAACACCACACGCAUCGGGCAUGGCUUUGCUUUGGCACACCAUCCUCUGGCCAAAGAGCUUUCUAGGAAAAGAAACGUAGCUGUGGAGCUGUGCCCCAUCUCAAACCAGGUGCUGAAACUGGUAUCGGACCUGAGGAACCACCCUGCCGCUGUGCUGAUGUCGGAGGGCCACCCGAUGGUGAUCAGCUCCGAUGACCCGUCUCUGUUCGGCACCACGGGCCUCUCCUACGACUUCUAUGAAGCCUUUGUUGGCAUCGGAGGGUUAAAAGCAAACUUGGGUACUCUGAAAGAGCUGGCUCUGAACUCCAUCAGGUACAGCUCCCUGCCAGACCAUCUAAAGGACAAAGGGGUCGUCAUGUGGCAGCGCAAAUGGGACGCCUUCAUCUUUAAACACACAUGACAAAAGAC